AUGCUGGGGAGGCUCGAAGGAUUCCAUGAAUAUCAACAGCCACGCAUCCUAUUUAAUUGCGGGUUGAUACCGCUGCACGAGAGGUUCUGCUCAGUAAAAACCUCCCGAAAGCCACCUCCAUUGGAUCCGCUGGAGAGGCCGGAAAAACAGCGUUGCGGUGAAGUCGAUGGGAUAGAUGACGUAGAAGAUGGCGGUGCAAGUCAUCUUUCCAAAACUGUCCAGCUUAUGAAGAAGGAAAGGCCAGAACUGCUGAUCGAAUGUCUAUUGCCUGAUUUUGCUGGUUGUACCGAUAGUAUUGAUAUGAUGGCCUUUACUGUUGAACGACUAACACCAUGGGUUCGAGAUCCAAGAGCGAAGUAUCACCAAUCCCUUGCAGCACUGAAACGGGCUAAAACAACAAAUCCUAAACUUAUCACGAAAACAUCAAUAAUGCUUGGUCUUGGCGAGCAAGACGAUGAGGUUCGACAGUGUUUAGCUGAUUUACGAAGUAAUGACGUAGAUGUGGUCACAUUUGGCCAAUACAUGCAACCAACCAAGCGGCAUUUACUAGUGAAGGAAUGGGUAACUCCUCAAAAGUUUGAUGAAUGGGGACGCAUUGCCCGGGAGAUGGGAUUCCUGUACGUCGCAUCUGGUCCAUUAGUACGAUCAUCAUAUAAAGCGGGUGAAUACUACUUGAAGAAUGUACUGCGAAAGAGGAACGAACCUGAGAAAGUACAACAAGAGGCGUAG